CACCGUACGUGUUGACAUUAUUGCCAGUAUCUUCAUGCGGAUGGAGGAGUAAAAUUAAUGAUAAUAAACACAUAUCAUAUGCCUCCGACAAAGUAAAAGCGGUUUGUGCUGCAGUUUGAGCCAUCAUAUCAUCAAUGAUACUGUUAUCUCCGAAAUUCGUCGUCUGAAGACUCGCAGUCGCUGACAGCUGUUUCGUCUCGGAGAAAUGGAGCAUAUCCGAACGCCAAAGGUGGAGCAGGUGCGACUGUUGGAUCGCUUCAGCAACAAAUCCAUAAAUGGCACAUUGUACCUCACAGCCACACAUCUCAUCUUUGUAGAGAGCAGCUCUAACAGCUCAACAUCUGCCGGACAGGAGAUCUGGAUUUUGCAUCACCACAUAGCAUCUGUGGAGAAGCUCUCCCUGACCACCACAGGCUGCCCUCUGGUCAUCCAGUGUCGCAACUUCAGGGUGGUUCAUUUUGUGGUGCAGAGAGAAAGAGAUUGCCACGACAUUUACAGCUCACUGCUGCGUCUUCUGCGGCCUGUGUCCUAUGAGGAGCUCUACGCCUUCUCCUACAACCCCAAACAGAACGACCAACAGAGAGAGGAAGGGUGGCAGCUCAUCGACCUGAGGGCAGAGUUUGAGAGAAUGGGUGUUCCCUGUGACCAAUGGCAGGUCACUGAUGUCAACAGAGACUACAAGGUGUGUGAGACAUAUCCUCGUGACCUGUAUGUUCCCAUCACGGCCAGUAAGCCCAUCAUUGUGGGGAGUUCCAAGUUCCGAAGCAAAGGACGCUUUCCUGUACUCACAUACUUUUAUCAAGAAAAGAAGGCGGCGGUGUGUCGAUGCAGUCAGCCUCUGUCUGGGUUUAGUGCACGAUGCUUAGAGGACGAGAGCAUGCUGCAGGCUAUCAGCAAGGCCAAUCACAACAGCCGAUUCGUCUACGUCAUGGAUACCAGGCCAAAGUUGAAUGCUCUGGCUAAUCGAGCCGCAGGCAAAGGCUACGAGAACGAGGACAACUACUCCAACAUCCGCUUCCAAUUUGUUGGCAUUGAAAACAUCCACGUAAUGAGGACCAGCCUGCAGAAAUUACUGGAAGUGAUUGGGACUCGUUCUCUUUCCAUGAGUGACUACCUGGUUGGUCUGGAGAGCAGUGGCUGGCUGCGGCAUAUCAAAGCCAUUGUAGACGCAGCCAUCUUUCUCACCAAGGCGGUGACAGUGGAAGGAGCCAGUGUUUUGGUUCACUGUUCAGACGGAUGGGACAGAACAGCCCAGGUCUGCUCGCUGGGGGCGCUGCUUAUGGACCCCUAUUACCGCACCAUCAAGGGCUUCAUGGUUCUGAUAGAGAAAGACUGGAUCUCCUUUGGCCAUAAGUUCGCUGACAGGUGCGACCAGUUGGAUGGGGAUCCAAAGGAGGUUUCUCCGAUAUUCACUCAGUUCCUGGAGUGCGUCUGGCAGCUGACGGAGCAGUUUCCACAGGCAUUUGAGUUCAGCGAGUGGUUCCUGCUGCAGAUUCAUGAACAUGUUCACUCCUGUCAAUAUGGAAAUUUCCUUGGCAACAAUCAGAGACAGAGAGAGGAGUUGCAGCUGAGAGAGCGAACUCACUCACUGUGGGCGUUUCUGAUGAGUGAAAAACAGAACUACUUGAAUCCAUUCUACAGCCCUGCCUACUCUGACGCACACCCUGUGUUAGCACCUUCCACUCUGCCCUACAAUUUCAAGUUCUGGAGGAACAUGUACCAUCAGUUCGAUCGGUCCAUGCACCCACGUCAGUCCAUCCUCAAAACCAUCCUGACUCUAAGAGAGAACAGCCGCAAGGGAGAGAGCACGCUGCAAGCUCUGGAGGGUCGACUCCGUCAGCUCGGUGUGACCCCUGUCGUGACCUCUGACCCCCCUGCACCUCCUCCCGUCAGAGAUCAGCGUUCCAACCCAAACGCACUUCCGCCACGUCCCGACUCCCUCAUUCUGGGGGCACCCGUCAACCACAAGGAAGUGCAGCGACAGGUGGAGGAUGACGAGCAGGAGGAGGAGGAGGUGGGCGAGGAGGCCACAGAGAGCACCGACACGGAGCGGACUGUAGAGGGCAGCAGUGGCACCGAGAGCAGGAAGCAGAGCUACGGAGAGCUGGAAGGGACAUACAACGGCGAGUUGGCCAAAGAAGAGCCAGCUGUUGUUAGUCUGGAGUUUGGAGUGGCACGCAUGACCUGCUGAGACCAAACAGGAGGAUUGUGGGAUACUGAGGGACAGGCAUGACUGAAUGCGAGGGCUUACUGAAAGUGUGUGUAUGUGUGUGUUAAGGGGAAGAUGUUGUUCUGUGUGUGGUAAUGUGCUGAUUACACAAUGGCCCUAAAUGGGCCGAAUGGAUGAAGUUGUAUGUCUGUAUAGUCUGAGUCUCAAUGGAAAGCCUCAUUAUUAUGUCAUAUGAUGCAAUUAGAGGAAAAAUAAAAGCAAAAAGCUUGUUUUUUUAUGAAUGUUGAAAAGCACUAUAAAGAAUUAAUGAAUAGUGUAAGAGAAUAAAUUCAUCCAAAAAGUC